UCAAAAGACUUGUUUACGAAUCGGACAUCUCCCUCCCGCGCCCGCCCUUCAAGAAGCAAGCAGGAAAUCGCUCUUUUUCUCCCAGACUACUUGCACGACUAAAGUUACAAGCACGUCAUCGUCAUGAGCUCAAACAGACCAUCAAAUUCAACUGCUGAUGACCAACUCGACCCUGAGGAAGAGAAACGGUUGGCGGCAGCCGCCCGUGAAGCUAACCGUCUCCCUGAGCUCCGUCUGAUCCUGCUGGGCUGGAGAUGGCCAGGGAAAAGCCUGACCGGCAACACCAUCCUUGGGCGUGAAGAAUUUCGUCUGGAGCGCGCCGCUGAAUUCAGCGUGAAACGUGAAUCCGAGGUGGAUCGGCGCAAAGUAACAGUAGUAGACACUCCUGGCUGGUUUUCAUCCCAGACCACACCAGCAGAUUACCAGCAGGAGAUGGUCCGAAGUGUAAGUAUGUGCACUCCUGGACCCCACGCAUUCCUGCUGGUCAUACCGGUGGGCAUGUUCACUGAAACGGACCGGGCUCGUAUAGAGGAGAACUUGGCGCUGUUUGGGGAGGAUGUGUGGAAGCACACCUUGGUGGUGUUCACCUGGGCAGAGGUUUUGAAGGACAAGUCUAUAGAAAGGCAUAUACGAAGGCAAGGUCGUGACCUUCAGUGGGUGGUGGACAAGUGUAAGAAGAGGUACCACGUCAUCAAUAACUAUAUUUUUGGCGAGCACCCACAGCUGCCUCAGCUGAUGGAGAAGGUGGAGAAGAUUGUAGCUGAAGAAGGUGAUUUCUUCAUCCUUAAGGCAGAUGAAACUAAAACACAAAGUCAAACUCAGAGUCUGAACACCAAUUCAGUGAAAGAGAACAGGGAGCUUGGCGCUAGACCCAAACAGAAUGGCUCCUGCAACUCGCUGCGGGCCAUGGACGUGGACCCUCCACAGAGUUUGUUUGAAGGAGCGAGUGACUAAUGCUAUGUGAACCAUUCCAGUACUGCUGUAUUUAUUACCUGAACUCCACUGAACUUAAUAUUACUUAAAUUAUUAGUCAAAUACCCACAUAUCAGUCCACCAGUCCAGGCAGCUUCAGGUUGUAGGGUUUACAGGAAGCAAAUGUCCCUGUAGCUUAUUUCAACCUAGAUAUAUAACGGAUAAGAGACAUACAAAUUUGACUUUGAUGAUAGUAAUUUGUGCUAAGUAAAUCAAUACUGAUUAAAAGCAUAUCACUACUAUAGUUACACACUGACUCAAUCACUCAAAACUAUUAUAUCGAAUGCAGAGAAAAUUGAGGUACAGUAAUGGUGUCAUUAGUAGAACAGAAACACUCCUCACUCAUAAAUUAUUUGCACUAAUGAGUUAAUAGCUUGUAAAAUGCCUCAACUAAUGCACUAAUACAGUUAUCAGAAAUAUGAGUCUGUCACAGUCAUUAUAAUAUAGCAUGGGUUAGUUACAUUGGUGAAGGUUAUUAUGGAUUUAUUAAUGGUCAAUAACCAAUGUUAAAUUUUCUUUUUUUAUUUCACAUCAUACUAAAGUUAGCAAAGUUAGGUGUUUCAAAUACAGUGCGUCCCCAAUCCUUAUCAAAAGCACAUUUAUGAAUAUUUUCUAAUGAUAUUAUUUUCUAAUAAUAUAAUUACUGUAUUAUUAUUUGAGUGUAUGACAUUUUCAUUAUCUUGAAGUUACUGAGUACUGUGAUGUUUUCUUUCUACUUUUUUCUUUUUAAAUGUUCUUUUCUGUUACAUUCUAUGUCAAGUGAAAGUCGUUACAAAUAGUUUCCUCCUGAAACUGAUGCUGCUUAAACAGUCUUGUUAUAAGCACUAUGAAUAUCAUCACUGUUUUUAUUUAGGAAUAUUUGAGUUCUUAUGGAACUUGAGUGACUUCUAUUAACUGAUUUACAUGAAUGCAUUUCUUUUUAGAUCUGUUGACAUUUAUGAAAGCCAUAAAAUAUCCUUCCCAGA